AUGUCAGACAACGCCGAAAAGGAGACCUCUCCUCAGAUUGAUACGCCUGUGACAAAGGUCGAGAUCACUCCUAACAAGGUCGAAAUUACCACGGCGCCUGAAGCUCAAACAAUCCCUCAGAAUGACAAUGUCGCUCACGCUCUUGCUGGCGCUGGAGGUGGUCUUCUGUCCAUGAUCCUGACCUAUCCUCUCAUCACCCUCUCCACACGCGCUCAAGUCGAGUCCAAGAAGGCCGAGAGCAAGUUCAGUGAGGCUGUUGGCAACAUCAUCGCCCGUGAGGGUAUCUCUGGUCUCUACUCCGGUAUUAACUCGGCCCUCUUCGGCAUCAGCAUCACCAACUUUGUUUACUACUACUGGUACGAAUGGACCCGCGGUUUCUUCGAGAAGGCUGCUGCCAAGGCUGGUCGCGCUGGCGCCAAGCUCACCACCGUUGAGUCCAUGAUCGCUGGUGCUAUCGCUGGUUCGGCCACCGUCAUCAUCACCAACCCUAUCUGGGUCGUCAACACUCGAGUCACUACUCGCCAGCAGGAGAAGAAGCAGGAUGUCGAGUCCGGCGAGUCUAAGCCUGCCAAGGCUCCCAGCACCAUCGGCACUCUGCUGCUGCUCCUCAAGAACGAGGGUCCUCAGGCUCUCUUCUCUGGUGUCAUCCCAGCUCUUGUCCUCGUUAUCAACCCUAUCCUUCAGUACACUCUCUUCGAGCAACUCAAGAACACAGUUGAGAAGCGUCGCAAGGUAACUCCUACUAUCGCCUUCUUCCUCGGUGCCCUCGGCAAGCUGUUUGCUACUGCCAUCACCUACCCUUACAUCACCGUCAAGUCUCAGAUGCACGUCCAGAGCGGCAAGAAGGAGGGUUCCCUUAGCGCUCUUGCUCGCAUCGUCCGCGAGAGUGGUUACUCCGGUCUCUACCGAGGCAUCGGCCCCAAGGUCGCCCAGAGUGUCCUCACUGCUGCGCUGCUCUUCGCCUUCAAGGACGUUCUUUAUGAGCAGACCGUUCGUCUCCGAAUGGCCCAGGCCGCUCGCCGACGCGUCGCCGCUUAA